AUGAACAAUCUCUUUAAUAAGAUUUUGUUGAUGAUUUUUUCUUUGAUCUUACCUAAAAAAAUCACACCAUUCGAUAAACAAUAUUAUCAACUUAAAUUUGUCUGUGUUUUAUGGAAAGAUCUUCUCAAAUUAUUAUUAGUUAAACAAGGAACAAAAUAUUAUUUAGUUGAAUACGAUUUAAAUACUUAUGAACCACCAAAUAUUCUUUUAAUAUGGAAUAUAGAAUAUGACGAUAAUACAAUUUAUUUAUUUUUUAAAGAAAAGAAAUAUGAAAUAAAUGAUUAUAUAAAAGAAAAUGAUCUUUUAUAUCAACUUAUUACACCAGAUCUUUUAUCAUCAUAUGGAAAAUAUGAUUGUGAUCGUUGUGAAAAAUUUACCUAUUGUGUACGAAAAGAAUAUUUUUUUAAAAAAGAAUAUCAAUGUUUAGCAGAUUUUUGUAGUAAUCAUGGUGAUGAAGGAUUUAUUUAUAAUAAUCAAUAUUAUAAAGAUCAUAAAUAUUCUAUUGCAUCGUAUUGUCAAGAAUUCAAACCUCAAAGUUAUAAAAUUAUUUGUAAACAACCAUUUGAUUCUACUGAAACAUUUGAAUUCAUUCGAUUUUAUUUUUCAAAUCAUAAUGAACAUAAAAAAGUACUCGAUAAGAUUAAAAAUAGACAGGAAGAAUUAGAAGAAGAAUUAAAUAAUAUUAAAUUGAUAAAGGAAGGACCAGAAUUUUUACCAAUAGGUGAACAAAAAGAUGAUUAUGUUUACAUAAUUCAGAUGGAUCUUUGUUUAUUAAAUAAAUUCAUUAAUGCAACAGAUCAAAGAGAUUUAUUGUUAAAAUUUGCAGAAUUAUUUGGAUAUUUACGACCAGAUUUUGAAAUUGGAUAUAAUACUGAAGGAUAUGAUUGGAAUUUUGUACUUCAAAAAUCAAUUAUAUUGGGAAUUGAAGAACAAUUUGUUGAUAAUUUAGAAACAACUGUACGAGUUGUUGAUAAAGAUAUUGAAGAGAAAAUACAAAAAUAUGAAUUUGCAGGAAUUAAUAUUAAUAAUAGACAAAUAAAAAAAACAUUUCCAACUGCAAUCAGUAAUAAACUUGAUGAUGUUUUAGUUCGAUGUGGAUUACCAGGAAAAAUUAAUCUACCAUAUGUUCCAGAUGAAGAAACAAAAGAUUUAAACUGCAU